GGCGAGUCCGCCGACGGCCGCUGGUUCGCGCGAGCGUAGCGGAAGUGGAAGCGGUGAGGGUUCCGGAGCCUCCGCCCGCUGCAGCUGACGACGAGCCCUCGCGUGUGACGUCGAGCGCCGACCGUGGAGGGCGUGGAAGGGUCCGCUCCGCUCGGAAAUCGCCACAUCCAUUCCCGCCGGCGGGGCGAGCGGCGUCAUGGAGCGCUGGGGCAGCGUCCAGCUGGACGUGCCGGACUUCAGCAACUCGGUGCUGUCCCACCUCAACCAGCUGCGGGCCCAAGGGCGGCUGUGCGACAUCGUGGUCCACGUCCAGGGGCAGAGUUUCCGGGCGCACAAGGCGGUCCUGGCCGCCAGCUCGCCCUACUUCCGGGACCACAUGUCCCUGAGCCAGAUGAGCACCGUGUCGCUGACGGUCAUCCGCAACGCGUCCGUCUUCGAGCAGCUGCUGGCCUUCUGCUACACGGGCCGCCUGCGGCUGCAGCUGCGCGACAUCAUCAGCUACCUGACGGCCGCCAGCUUCCUGCAGAUGCAGGAGGUCAUCGACCGCUGCACGCGCAUCCUGGAGGGGAUCCACCUCAAGAUCGGCCCGGCCGUGAGGCUGACAGUUUGUGUGCGUUGCGUCAGGUCCAGCCCCCCGGGCGGCGUCCUCGCCGAUCGGCGGCGGGCCGAAAGCGAAUCUCCGAGCAGAAGCGAAGACCCGCCGCGCGCCAACUCCCAGGGCGAGGAGGCGGCGGCGGGGGCGUACGAGGACUACGCCAGGGACCCGCCGGGCGAGCGCUGGUUCCGCUACAACCCGCGGCUGACCUGCAUCUACUGCUGCAAGUCCUUCAACCAGAAGGGCAGCCUGGACCGCCACAUGCGCCUCCACAUGGGCAUCACGCCCUUCACGUGCCGCCUGUGCGGCAAGAAGUACACGCGCAAGGACCAGCUGGAGUACCACAUCCGCAAGCACACGGGCAACAAGCCCUUCACGUGCCGCCUGUGCGCCAAGAGCUUCCCCUUCCAGGCCAUCCUCAACCAGCACCUGCGCAAGAACCCCCCGGGACAGCGCGCCCGCAGCGCCUCGCCCGAGACCACCACCGCCUCCCUCGGCGCCAGGGGGGCCUCCCCCGGACGGGAGGACCCCGAGGGCGCGUACGGCGAGGGCGCCCACGCGUCCGUCUCCACCACGGGGCCCGACUGACGUCAACGGGGGCCCGGGCGGGCCCGACGCCACGCGACGCCGUCGACUCCGCCCGACGUCGGGUAACGACCCCCGAGCGCCACCGCCACCCGUCUUACUUCCUCCUUCCGUCCUUCCUUUCCGCCUCCCGACAAUCCGGCGCCGAGGCGGCAAUCGCGGGUACGCCCGUUAGCUCCCGCGUUAGCGGCGGUGUUCAUCCGCAGCCCACCCGAGCUCCUCGGGGACCCCUCGGACCGCCGUCGUUGAGUUCGGGUCUCGACGGUCCAAAGCUGACCUCACCUCGCAUAAGCUGAUAACGCUCCGUUACCUCUCGUCACCGCCGGCAGCUCAUCUCCGCGCUGAGAUUUCCUGUCCGGGCAACAUUGGGAAGAAAAGCUGCUGGUAAAAUUGACGCGACGCCAACUCCUCGGACAAUUUCCUCACCUCGGCAACAUUUGUCGCCUUCCGAGUCGGCUGGCCGAUGGAUGAAGACGGUUCCCGUCCCCGACGCGCCGGGCUAACAACACCAGCGCGCUUUGUCCCGGCAACGAGGCAAAGACGGCCGGCGUGAUUCGGACCAGCGUUCAGGCCGCCGUCGGCGGCUCCGACAUGAGCGGCCGAGAUUGGAACGAGCGAACCCGGGCUCACCGGGCCGGGCGUUCGACCGACUGAGCCUCGGCGACCCGGCGAGACCGACGUGUUGCCCCGCUGGUCUUGCCGGUCGGUGCGCAUGCAACCGUGCCAGACGCGAUGGACCCCGUCGACGGUCGAAGCCAGCCGGCGCUCGUUCGUCGGUCGGCCACCC